GGGACGGCCGAAGGGGCCGGGUGUGCGGCGGAGAUGGCCGCGUCGGAGCCGGGGGGCAGCGCCGCGGGAUCAGUAACAUUCAAAGAUGUGACUAUGGCCUUUACCCAGAAGGAAUGGGAGCAACUGGAUCCUGCUCAGAGGAACCUGUAUAAGGAUGUGAUGCUGGAGAACUACAGCAACCUUGCCUCCAUGGGAUAUCAAGCUCCCAAACCAGACAUGAUCUCCAAGUUGGAAAAAGGAGAAGAGCCAUGGUCGGGGAAGGGCAGAAAACCCAGACAAAGUGGUCCCAGUGAAGGAGCAAGACCCAAGCAAACAGGAACCAAUGGAAAAGAAGUCCAGCAAGAUAAUGACCAGCUAGCAAAUCACCAGGAAUCUCAAAACAAAUUACGAAAGGAAGUUGCAGUCAAGAAAAAAAGUCUGACUAAGAAGAAAGGCCCUGAGUGUAGUUCACUAGAGGAAAUCAAUGUGAGUACAAAACAUGUACCUUCAAAAAAGAAGCUUAAAUUUGAUUCACACGGAAAGAAUUUGAAACAGAAUUUAGACUUACUUGGUCAUAUAAGAAACCGUGCAAAAAAGAAACCUAAUGUAGCUAAAGAGCACAAGAAAUCUCUCGGCCAUAGCUUACCUGAUACAAAGAAAAACAAAAAUCAAACUGGGAAGAAACAGAAAUUAUCCAACCAUAGCUUAUCUAAUAAGCAUGACAAAACUCAAACUGGCAAGAAACAUGAAAAAUUAGCUCAUCGUAGCUCAUCCCAUACUAAAUGCGAUAAAAUUCAAACUGGAAAGAAACAUGAGAAACCAUCCAGCCGUGGAUCAUCUACUAAGUGUGAUAAAACUCCAGCUAAACCCAAACCCUAUGAAUGUAAUCAGUGUGGGAAGGUUCUCAGUCACAAACAAGGACUCGCUGACCAUCAGAGAAUUCAUACUGGGGAGAAACCAUAUGAAUGUGAUGAAUGUGGGAUAGCCUUUAGCCAAAAGUCACACCUUGUUGUACAUCAGAGAACUCACACUGGAGAAAAGCCAUAUGAAUGUACUCAGUGUGGCAAAGCCCACAGUCAUAAACAUGCCCUCACUGACCAUCUGAGGGUUCAUACUGGGGAAAAGCCCUUUAAAUGUACUGAGUGUGGGAAAACCUUUAGACACAGCUCAAACCUUAUUCAACAUGUAAGAUCUCAUACAGGCGAGAAGCCCUAUGAAUGUAAGGAAUGUGGAAAAUCCUUUAGGUAUAACUCAUCUCUUACUGAACAUGUGAGAACUCAUACAGGUGAGAUACCAUAUGAAUGUAACGAAUGUGGAAAGGCUUUUAAGUAUAGCUCAUCCCUUACUAAACAUAUGAGAAUUCAUACAGGGGAGAAACCCUUUGAAUGUAACGAAUGUGGGAAAGCUUUCAGCAAGAAGUCACACCUCAUUAUACAUCAAAGAACUCAUACUAAGGAGAAACCCUAUAAAUGUAAUGAAUGUGGAAAAGCAUUUGGACAUAGCUCAUCUCUCACUUACCACAUGAGAACUCAUACAGGUGAAAGUCCUUUUGAAUGUAAUCAAUGUGGAAAGGCCUUCAAACAAAUCGAAGGCCUUACUCAACAUCAGAGAGUUCAUACUGGGGAGAAACCCUAUGAAUGUAACGAAUGUGGGAAAGCCUUUAGCCAAAAGUCACACCUCAUCGUACAUCAGAGAACUCAUACUGGGGAGAAACCUUUUGAAUGUAAUGAAUGUGGAAAAGCUUUCAAUGUAAAGUCACAACUUGUUAUACAUCAGAGAUCCCACACUGGAGAGAAACCCUACGAAUGCAAUGAAUGUGGAAAAGCUUUCAAACAAAAUGCGUCCCUUACCAAACAUGUGAAAACUCAUGCAGAGGAAAAAUCUCAUGAGUGAAAUUAAUGUGGGAAAACCUUUUAGCUAAAGGUUUUAUUUAACCUUAGAAGUAGUCUGAAUUUUAAGGAUGUUAGAAAGCCUUUAAUAAGAAGUCACACCUCUUUACACAUGAGAGAAUAGAAACAAUAGAAGGAGAGUUUAAACUUGAUACCAACCUUUCAUAGAAAAUAUUGUUUUAAAAAUACUCAAUUAUUAAUUAUAUGUUCAGACCAAAAUAUAAAGCCUUUAAAAUUGUUAAUAAGCUGAAAAAUCAGAGCAGUAGAGAGGCAGAUUACAUAUGCUAACAAUUCCUGAGUCGCUGAGUGUUGUGUACUUAAGCACCGCAUGUGAGAAUCGAAUUUGCAUAUCUGCUAAUUUCCACGUAUAAAUGUUUGUGGCCACUGGCAUGAGCCUCGUCUUUGAUAUUAUCACCUCGCUCUUUCUUAAUGUCUUUGUUAGCUUCUGUGUCAGCCACAAGCUUUCUAAAAGUUAUUUAUGUAAAAAAUAUUAACAGAAAAUUAAGAGAAAAAAUGAAAUGAAAGCAGCUGAGGACACACAGGUGCUGGUGGGGAAUGAUGUCCAAGACACGUUGUUAAGGGGAGAAAACAGGUUGCUGAACUGUCUGUAUAGGAUGUUUCCACUUUUGUACGAAAGGGUGUGGAUUUGUCUGUCUCUGUCCGUGUGUGUAUAUAUGUAUGUAUGUAUAUAUGUGUGCAUAUAUUUGUACGUGAAUAGACUUAGUUUGAAAAACUACAGAAGAAACUUUAUAGCGGUCGCCAUGAGCGCACGAGGACAGGAAUGGGGGCUGAGAUAUUGUAUACUGUAUGUGAAUUUUUAAAUAAUGUAAAUGUAUUAUUUUCACAGUUUAAGUCAUUUUAAUAUGCAUACAUCAACACUGAUUAAAAUUUUCACCAAGCCCACUCCAUGGUGUUGUUUACAAAGUAAAAGUUUCUGUGCCUGUUAGGAAGGGUGGUGAAUCUGAGGAUAUGGCAUUAAACGUGAUAUUGAAUUCACAGACUUUUCCUAUCAAACAUAUAUCCUUUUAUUAAAAUAAUGAAUUACAACUAUAA